CCCGCGCCCCCCCCGGCCGGCGCCGCAGCUCCGCGCGGAGGCAUGAGCGACCGGGCGGCCGCUGCGCGCCGCGGUAAGUGUGGACGUCUGUGCAAGUGUGAGAGCAUCAUGGUAGCGUUUAAAGGCGUCUGGACUCAGCCCUUCUGGAAGGCUGUUUCAGCAGAAUUUUUGGCCAUGUUAAUUUUCGUCCUUCUCAGCCUCGGUUCCACAAUCAACUGGGGUGGAGCAGAGAAGCCCCUGCCUGUAGACAUGGUCCUUAUCUCUCUCUGCUUUGGACUCAGCAUUGCAACCAUGGUGCAGUGCUUCGGGCACAUCAGCGGUGGCCACAUUAACCCUGCUGUGACUGUGGCAAUGGUCUGCACGAGGAAGAUCAGCCUCGCCAAGUCGGUCUUCUACAUUCUCGCCCAGUGCCUGGGAGCCAUCGUGGGGGCAGGCAUCCUUUACCUCAUCACACCACCAAGUGUGGUGGGAGGCCUGGGAGUCACUAUGGUACAUGGAGAUCUUUCCGCUGGCCAUGGACUCCUGGUGGAGUUGAUAAUUACAUUCCAGCUGGUUUUUACUAUUUUUGCCAGCUGUGAUUCAAAACGAAACGAUGUCACUGGUUCAGUAGCUUUAGCAAUUGGAUUUUCUGUUGCAAUUGGACAUUUAUUUGCUAUCAAUUACACCGGUGCCAGUAUGAACCCUGCUCGAUCAUUUGGACCUGCUGUCAUCAUGGGGAAAUGGGAAAACCAAUGGGUUUACUGGGUGGGACCAAUAAUAGGAGCAGUCCUUGCUGGUGCUCUUUAUGAGUAUGUCUAUUGCCCAGAUGUUGAACUCAAGCGCCGUUUUAAAGAUGUCUUCAGUAAGGCUACCCAGCCAUCCAAAGGGAAAUACACAGAGGUGGAUGAUAGCAGGAGCCAUGUGGAGACUGAUGACCUGAUUCUGAAGCCUGGCAUAGUUCACGUGAUUGAUAUUGACCGGGGUGAGGACAAGAAGGGAAGAGAUCCGUCGAGCGAGGUGCUGUCUUCUGUAUGACUAGCAAGGAGCACUGAAAGCAGAGAGCAGCCUGCUAGCAUGUCCACAGAUAUCCUUCCACCUGUUAAAGAAACAGAUCUCCUCUAAACUGAGCAUCUACCAUUUCUUAAAAGGUAUGGUGUGGGCAGCUGCAUGGUAGUGACAUCAUCAAACCAUACAUCUGCUCAGUUGGAAUAUUAAGCCUUCACUAUAAUUCUGAUUCCCCAUGAAUUAUUCCAAAUUAAGAGUUGUUUCUACUACUUUCAUUCCCUUCUUUCUGGAACAACCCCAAAGUCAAAAAAAAAAAUGGAGUUGAAAGCAUUCUCCUCUAAUAAAUCAGUCAAUAAUGAGAUGAAGAUAGAGAUGUUUAACAUUCAGAUUGACAGUUAAGACAUGUCAGGAAAUGCCUAUAGACAUGAAGACCUACUUAUCAGAUUGUUCUUCUGACACUUAAUUGGCUGUUGUCAGCUCUCAUUAGAACAUCUUAUCCAUUAAGCUUUCUCUGCAAGGUUCAGGGAGAGCAUCAACAGUAUUUAAGAGUUCUAUCCAAAGUCAAGCAAAGGAGUAUUGUUUCCACGUACAUACAUCACUAUUGCCUUGCAAACUACCUCUGGAAAAAAAAUGGUAUUUUAAUAGGUUUUGAAAAAAAUUCUAUCAACCCAUCAAAUUUCACUCAUAUGAUUUCCUGUAUAAAUAUAUUACCUUCAUCUCUUCCCAGGAGUAAAAGUGCUGAAAUUGAAUGUUGAAGUCUACUGUAAUAAGGCUGCAAAGCAUUUGACUGUACUUCAUGCUCGCCCAUGUCAUUGUCUGUCUGGUGAAACAUUCUCCUGGGGUUUGACUAUUGACCAUUUAGUGGUAGCAGACUCUCAAGGUCAUGCAAAGAAUAUAAAGGCUUUCCUGUUACUUAAUAACUCAAAUAAGAGAUAUCAGAAGAAAAGGAGGCAUAUCUGUUUUCAGUGCACUUGUUCAAAUACAGAUUUCUGUGCUAAUUUAUGUAAACUAAAGGUUUAAAUUACUUACCUACUUUCUUACAAGAUGGUUGGAGAUCUGGGUUUUUUAAUUUAUUAGUAAUGUAGAGGGUUUUUAACUUUUAACUGUAUUGAAACACUGAUUGGGAAAUAUUUUUUUAUAACAGAUGAUAAAAAUAUGACUGCUUUUGUUUUUCUGUUUUAGCUGAUGCCUAACUAGUUGAACAAGAUCUUUGCUUGUUCCACUGCUCAUACAGUCUUAAUUAAACCUCCAGCACCUUCACCAGCUUCUUUAUUUGUUGUUAGAAAAACAUGCAAGCACUUGCAGGUUUUUUUUAGGGGGAAAGGGUAAUGAAAUAUUUUCAGUAAUCAAUCUUUCCCUCAUAGAAGUAUUUUGAUAGACAUAAUCACCCCAACAGGACAUUUUAUAAAGAUUGUACUGACUUACUGCUUUUGCUACUGAUCAGUGGUUUUGAGUUUUACAAUAUGCAGCUGCCAAGCAAUCAGGAGCAUUACAUUAUUACUGUAAUUGUAUAGUUUUAUUUUGAAAUUGAAAAGCUACUCCUGCCUACUUAGCAAUAAGAGGGAAAAAAAAAGCAUUAGUCCUGACAAUAGGCUGUAAUAGACUCUUUGGCUCUUUGACAUGCUCUACAUGCAAUUUUUAUUACAGGGAAUGAGACGAUUCUAGUGAGAUAAUAAACCACUGCUAAACUCAAGUCUGUGCACUUUGAUCCUAGGGCAAUUCUACUAUCCCAGCUCACCAGCACUGUGUAGCCCCAGCAAUACCUGCAGUACUGUUCACCUAGUUUCACACUUGUCUUGCCUUAAAAAACAUGUUAGAGAGUGGCACAGGCUCCCUGCAUUGAGCAUGAGAUUUGUGACUCCUCCAUGCAUUGCAGUUGGGCCACAGAUCUUCCUCUGCUUCCCCUGGACACAGCACGUGGCACACGUGCGCAGGUCAGGGCUUCCUUGGGUGACCCUGGAACAGCCCUGCUCUGUGCUCAUGAGUCCUCCCGCUCUCUACCAUGUACCUGUGUGGAGUCUGGUAAAACAGCUGAUAUUUAGCUGUGCCUCUGACACAGCAACAGCAUCACGCUUUAAGGGCUUGAGUACAGUUAGGGAAUUGCUUGGAAGAGACAAUGUCAGAUCACAGAUAAGAGCCAAGCAGGAGCUGAGUAGCACUGGUAAGGAGCUAAGCCACAGCAAGGACUGAGUCUCCUGGGGAAAGGCACAGGUGUUUAGACUCCUAUAUGCCUCUCCUCAGAUAGGUAAACAUCAUGCUAAAUAGAUUCAAUCAGAAAGAUUAAAACUUGUGCGCUUUUUUUUUUUGUGUGUAGGCAUUUGUUCUGACUUCCUUGUUUUGUCUUGUCUUGUUUUGUUUUCCUUUGUUUCAUUUUGUUUUGUUUUGUUUUGUUCAAAUGCUGUGUUUGUUAAAGGGACACUUUGAUUAAACCUUUUGCAUGGCUUAAGCAGAUAAAGUGAAGAGAGUAAUACUCAUAGCACUGGUGGAUUGUUAAGAAAUUUUUUGCAUUUUCAUAUUUAAAGACACUCCUUAGAAGCUCAUAAUAAGUGAAUUUUGCAUGGUACUGUAUUAUUUAAAUAAGAAGCUGUGAUUUCUUUUAUGCUUGAGGGUCCUUUACACAAAUGGCAUAAUACUUUUCUCCACCCAGCCUGAUUCUACUGCUGAGGUGAGCAUAACAAGAGCGUGGCACUAGCUAACUCAAUUAGGAGGAUUUUUUUUCCCUGGAACACACUUUAUUAACUGGGUACCACUCAGAACCAGUCCUGGGAGAGCACCUAGCUCAGCAGGAGUAUUGGAGAUAAGAUGCCGAGACUCCUGAAAAGAUCAAGGGAAAAAAGGGAAGCUGAAGUAGAGAGACCAUUAGACCAUAAAGGAUGUUGCCAUGCAUUGGACACUGGUAGGAAGCGAGAUAUGGUAGGCCUGCUCCUGCUCCCAUGGAAUGAGACUCAUGGAUAGGUUUGUCGUUAAGUACAAUGGAAAUGAUCCUGAGCUAUUUAGGGGUCUGAUGGCUUCUGUCAUGCACUUCACUGUAGUUUUUCCAAAAUAAGAGCUUUUAAGCAAGAUAGUCACUUCUGGAAAGAGAUGCAUUUGACUUGAGGUUUAUGACCCACCCAAAAGUAAACUCUUAGGUGUAGCUGCCACCAAAGCUGGUUCUACCCCACAACAAGAGAUCACCAUUUAUCUAAGGGAACCUCCAUAAGGGAUGGGUCCUUCAGCAUCCAUUAGGACUUAGCUUUAACCUGUAGGGAUAUGUGCUUUUCUAAGUUGUUUCACAGUGGUAUCAUCAUCAUAAAAUAGUAAAAUUUUGUUAAAUAAUAGACUAGCAUGAUCUUUUCAUGGAUUGGAAAUAAAGUAUUUAUUGGUUUAUGUUGGUUGAUAGAUACCACAGUAAGUUUGAUGGGCAUUUCACCAUUAUUUUAGGGUCCUAAAAAUAUAUGGAUGAGUCUUCCUCCUCCAUGAUGGCACAGUUGUUUAAAUAUUGUUAUAUAUUCAUAAUAUUUAAUCACUGGACAUCAGAAAAGAAAGGACGAAAGCUAAAGGUAGUUACACUGAGUCACACAAAUACCUUUCAGGUUGCACCAUUUCCAAGGAGUUUAUCAGCCAAAUUCGAAAUAUUCUCAUGAAAGAAUGAAAAAAAUAAAAAUUAAAAAUUA